AGCAAUUAUGGAAAUCAAAGGGGUGAGGAUCAAGGCGACUGAAGAAGAUCAACACAAAGCCAGUAGUGGCCAUAUGGUUCAGACUGUCAGAAGCAGCUUAAAUCUUCAUCCAAGCCUUAAACUUGUUGACAAAGAUAAUGAGAACAGUAAAAUAAAUGAAACUAAACUGAAAUAAACCAAAAAUCAGAGCGAAAAAGACCAAAAAGGAGAUUUCACUUAGUCGUAGAAAAGGAGUACUAGAUAGUAUUGGCUUACUCAUUGGAAAAUCUGUCUCAUCAACAAGUAAGAAGCUAUUCAGUCCUGAUAAAAGCCCUAGACCAAAGAUUGAUGAAAAUUUAAAAUAAGCUUGAAAGGAUGCUCAAUCAACAGACCAAGAAGCAUAAAUUAAGAAGUGAGCUAGCCAGUAGAGAAUCUAGUUGAAGUAAAUUUUUGAACUCUCCAAAGAAAUCAAGGAAUUUCUUUGAAACAAAAACGAAUAAAUUUCAAAAGGCUAAGAAAAAUAACAAGAGUAAAUUAAAUUUUCCAAAGAGUGACCCUAAACUCAUUCAAACUCUAAAAGAAUGGGGCAAAUAUAAAGCUAGGAGAGAUCAGUUAUCUCUCGAAAGGGCUAAUGCAAAAGCCAUUAUGAAUUACACAGCUAGACAGCAUCAUAAAUAAUUUUAAAGAAGUUGCGAAGUAUAAUAGCUCUUAUUAUCUAAGAAACUAUUUUCCAAAUAAUGGCAGAAUUGCUGAGGAUGUUGACUCAGAAUCCACAUUUACAAAGCCAGAUAUCUCUAAGCCUGAAGUCGUUAUCAAAAGCCCAACUGAAAGAGCACUUUCUCAAUUGCCAAAGAUUAGGAAAAAUGGAAUAAAGGCUCCUAAUAUGAUAGAUUUUACGAAGAAUAUUGAAGAAAUGAACGCAAAUCAGCUGAAUGAAUACGGGAAACCUCAUUUCGAUGUAGACCUUGAUAAUGAUAAAUUUUUGAGCCUCUCUCCAAUCAAGAGCAAGCAGUCCAAGCUCAGAACAUAUUACGAUAAAAACCUCUGGAAACAUAUGAAUGAUUUUAGGAAUGACGGUAAAACUAAAAUUCAGAGGGUUAGAAGAAAAUAUAGAAAUAUUGUAUCCUCAGAACUCACUGCCAAGAAUAUUAAUGCCGGCGUUGAUUCAGAAGAUGAGAAUCCAGAGCCUCCAAUAAUUUUUGCAAGAAGAAAUAAGAAUGAUCAACAGAGAUAUCAACAGUUGAAAGAAAUUAACUCACUCAAAGACAGAUUGGCAAAGGAUGGCAUCGUUUGAGAUACUAAAACGCUACGUAGCGCAAUCCUAAUGCCUGAGGAUAUUGAGUAAAACUUUCAAUUUUUGGUAGAAAA